GGCAGGGUAGGUUACCAAGGAGACGUGAGCUGUGUAGCUAGUCGCUGGCUGCUAGCCGUCGUUGGACCGGAGCUCAAACUCGGAGAGAAAAGAGGACUUUAGGGGCCGCAUGCUCCGGUCGAAGAGGGUCGUUGUGACAUGGCAGAGCUGCACAUUAUAGGACAGAUUGUUGGGGCCAGUGGUUUCCCACAAAACAGACUAUUUUGCAAGUGGGGCUUUCACACGGGAGGAGCAUGGCGUCUGCUCUCCGGGCUGAAGGAGGGCCAGACCCAGGUGGAUAUCCCCCAAACCGGAGACGUAUCGUACUGGAGUCACCCGAUUGACCUGCACUACGCAACCAAGGGGCUCCAAGGCUGGCCGAAGCUUCACCUCCAAGUGUGGCACCAGGACUCGUUCGGACGCUGCCAGCUGUACGGAUACGGCUACUGCCACGUCCCGUCCAGCCCCGGACAACACCGGAUAAGCUGUGUGACCUGGAGGCCGCUCGGCUCUUGGCAGGAGCAGUUCGCGCAAAUGUUUGUCGGCGGAGGUCCCCAGCUGCGCAGCCCGGACCUCAUAUACAGCGGGGCGGACAGAUACAGACUACACACCGAAGCCAUGGGGACCGUGGAGGUGGAGCUGGGAGUUAUUAUGAGACACUUUGACAAAUAUGGCGUCGAGAGUUGAGACGCUGACAUGUGAAAAACUUUAAGAAAAUUGAUGUGUUGUGCUGGUUUGUCUUGUGUUUUGUAUUCGUUUUUACCUUUUUUACAGUGAGGUUUUACACAUUUUUUUUAACCUGUUUAUGUUUUAUACAUAAACUGAUACCUAUAUGUAAAUAAACGACCGUCUUAAUGAA